UCUUAACUUUCAUAGUAGAUCAAGUUGUGUGUUUAUUAUGUUUUGACAACAAAUUUAAAAUUGUUUAAACCAUUCAAACGCAUAUCAAGUCAUGUUAAAGACAUGGCCCAACUCCAGAAUAGCACCUACAUCUCUUGCAUCAAAAUCGGCGGCGUUCCCAUUUUACCUCCUCUGAUAACACCCGAAAGACGGUUAGAGAUGGAGCGAUACAAGUACAGAGCGGUAGAGAUAGAAAAGCGAAUCAAAAGUGGUGCGAAACGAGAACAGCUACCAGUCAGCUCAGUUAAAACGUUAGAAAAUAGUUUAGCUUUCGACGAUACUGCCUUAAGUGACGAGUGUGAUCCAGUUUUGCCUCGAAAUGUGCCUUUGGAAGGAACCAAAACGCAAUUAACCCGCAAUAUUUUUGAUGUAACAGAGUAUAACGACAACGGAAUUAUUUUAUUUAACAAUUUGGAUGGGGAGGAACACGAUUUACAAGUGUCGGCGUGCGACGAUGCGCAACAACAGUCUCAACCUCGUCUUCUGCGAAGUAACUCUUACACGUUGGACGCGCCGAGUCCCAUACUUUUGGAAUAUUUUAAGCAGCAUAUCAGAGAUACGGCCGUGACGCCGGUUGCAGCUGAAUCGCCGCCGAGCGACGGUGAUGGUAGUAGUAAAUUUAAGUCCAUCGACAGUAUAAUUCCGGCAAAUUCGACUAUUGCUCACUACGGUGAUCUAAUCGAGGAGUUGGCGAGCAUUCACUUUGGUGAAUGUAGUCCGCCGCACGUGGCUUCUUAUUCGCCCGAUACGACUUUAAAUACUUCCAGUGUGCAAUUAAUCGACUUUGAAAGUGACACGGGCGAUAAUCUCACCCCCUGUUUCGACGAUAAACUGAGUAGUGAUGUUUUUGUCGACUUGCUCGGCGACACACCGCACAAUACGCGAAAGCCUCCCAGUUGCGCAAGGGAGUUAUUUGUCAACAGUCCCAAUAUUGAAAGGCGUCUACGUGAGGAACGGGCCGCGACAAUUCUAACAUCCGCAGCUAGAGGGUACUUGGUGCGUCGAUUGAAACGCACGGAGCGCGUCAAAGUUUUGAUACAAACAAUCGGCGAUACCCUGCUGUGCGCCAUGAGUUUGCAUUCGGAACAGACAGACGCGAUUCAGCUUUCGGACGUCGAGCUUCAUCGUAGGCUAAUUCAGCAGAUCUCGGCGGCGUGCUACGAAUUUCACGAUAUUUUUUUUAACUUAUCGACUAAGGAGCAAAUGGAAAUAAUUAAUUUAGAUAGGCAAAGGAUUAAGGAGAAAUUGAAACGUCCAAGUUCUACUGCGAGCUCAAAAUUAGAGUCGGAUCGAUCUUCCAGAUCACAAGCGAAUUCUUUUCAUACAAAACAAAAAAAGGCUUUAGUAACUUCUUUGGUUGCUUAACUCUUUUGCAAUAAUUUUUUUAUAAUAAAAGCUGUGUGAAUUCAU